CUCCUCCUCCUCCUAAGCGGGUGGUGGGCAGGUCUGACUACAUUAAAUAUACAAACACGCUGUGCUCACUCUGCUCCAGAGGCAUCAUCGCUGGCCCAUCAGCAGCGAAACCCGAGCAAAGGCUGCCCCAAGGGCUGGGGAAGGCUGGAACAGCAGCAGUAAAUAAAGCAGCAGCCAAGGAGAGGGGAGAGGAGCAGCAGGAGAGCCCAGGGCUGCUGGGCACCCCAGCCCUUACACCAGCCCUUGCACAUCACCUGCGAGUCAGCGAGCAGCAGCAUCCCGGGAAAGAGCAUCCUUCGAGGAGGAAGAGCGGGAGAUCACUCAAAGAGACAAGAGAAAGGAAAAAAACAAAACAAAACAAAGCACCAGCUGCUAUCCCUUCCCAGAGGGAGAGAGAGCCAAAGGAGUUUAGGGUAAUGAACCUGGAGGAUCCAGAGACUCAGAGCGGAAAAGUUGCCCUGACGGGAGACUCUGCACACUAAAGCUCUGCUCCACCAUGGGAUUUCUCGUGCCUAAGGGAAACCUCCUCCUCCUGCUGUGUGCCAGCAUUUUCCCCGCCUUUGGCCACGUGGAGACCCGAGCCCAUGCAGAGGAGCGGCUCCUGAAGAAACUCUUCUCUGGUUAUAACAAAUGGUCCCGUCCCGUGGCCAACAUCUCGGACGUGGUCCUGGUGCGCUUCGGCCUGUCCAUCGCCCAGCUCAUCGAUGUCGAUGAGAAAAAUCAAAUGAUGACCACAAAUGUGUGGGUGAAGCAGGAGUGGCACGACUACAAACUGCGCUGGGACCCCCAGGAAUACGAAAAUGUCACAUCCAUCCGAAUCCCCUCGGAGCUCAUCUGGAGGCCAGACAUUGUCCUUUAUAACAAUGCUGAUGGUGACUUUGCAGUCACUCACCUGACCAAGGCUCACCUCUUCUACGAUGGAAGAAUUAAAUGGAUGCCCCCUGCUAUCUAUAAAAGCUCCUGCAGCAUUGAUGUCACCUUCUUCCCCUUUGACCAGCAAAACUGCACGAUGAAGUUUGGCUCCUGGACCUACGACAAAGCCAAGAUAGACUUGGUGAGCAUGCACAGCCAUGUGGACCAGCUGGACUACUGGGAGAGUGGGGAGUGGGUCAUCAUCAACGCUGUGGGCAAUUACAACAGCAAGAAAUACGAGUGCUGCACAGAGAUCUACCCCGACAUAACUUAUUCCUUCAUUAUCCGGAGGCUGCCGCUGUUCUACACCAUCAACCUGAUCAUCCCCUGCCUGCUGAUCUCCUGCCUGACCGUCCUGGUCUUCUACCUGCCCUCCGAGUGUGGAGAGAAGAUAACCCUGUGCAUCUCCGUGCUGCUGUCCCUCACUGUGUUCCUGCUGCUCAUCACAGAGAUCAUCCCAUCCACCUCCUUGGUCAUCCCUCUGAUUGGGGAGUACCUCCUCUUCACCAUGAUAUUCGUUACCUUGUCUAUCAUCAUCACUGUCUUCGUGCUCAACGUGCACCACCGCUCCCCCCGCACCCACACGAUGCCAGACUGGGUGAGGAGGGUCUUCCUGGACAUAGUCCCACGGAUCCUUUUCAUGAAACGUCCCUCCACAGUGAAGGACAAUUGCAAGAAGCUCAUUGAGUCCAUGCACAAAAUAACCAAUGCACCGAGGCUUUGGUCUGAGAUGGAUGUGGAGCCCAACUUCACUACCUCAUCCUCCCCCAGCCCCCAGAGCAAUGAGCCAACACCCACCUCCUCCUUCUGUGCCCACCUCGAAGAGCCAGCCAAACCCCAGCCCAUCUGCAAAUCCCCCUCAGGGCAGUACUCUGUGCUGCACCCAGAGCCCGUACAGGUGACCUGCUCCUCUCCACAGCCCUCCUGCCACCUCCUGAGAGACACCCAGGCCACCUCUGCCUUGAAAGGCAGGUCGCUGAGUGUCCAGCAGAUGUACAGCCCCAACAAGGCAGAGGAGGGGACAAUCCGCUGCAGGUCCCGGAGCAUCCAGUACUGCUACCUGCAAGAGGACUCUUCCCAGACCAACGGCCACUCCAGUGGCUCUCCAGCAUCCCAGCGGUGCCACCUCAACGGGGAGCAGCCCCGGCACAAGUCCCCCCAGUGCAAGUGCAAGUGCAAAAAGGGCGAGGUGGCCGGAACAGCAGCCCAGGGGAGCAAGAGCCACUGCGCCAAAGAGCAGCACCUCGUGCUGAUGUCCCCAGCCCUGAAGCUGGCAGUGGAAGGAGUUCACUACAUCGCAGACCACCUGCGGGCGGAGGAUGCGGAUUUCUCAGUGAAGGAAGACUGGAAGUACGUUGCGAUGGUCAUUGACAGGAUCUUCCUCUGGAUGUUCAUUAUUGUGUGCUUGCUGGGAACUGUUGGGCUCUUUCUCCCACCGUGGCUGGCAGGAAUGAUCUAAAUAUAGCACCAAAGGGAAGAAAUUAUUGUUCCUACUAUCCCAUUCUAUGGAUUUUAGUUCACCUGGAAGGAGAGAAAUGGAGGCAGCCCUUUGAAUAAUUCACUGCGUGUCCACACUUGAGCUGCUCCCGAGCUCUCGGGGAAUCCUCCCCGAGGUCGCGUUGUUUUGCCAAGCCAUUUUCAUCUCCUCCAUCGAAUUUAGGGGAAAAGUUCUUAUCAAAGUCUGUACAUAGCAUGGGGGCAUUCAUUGGCAUGUACUCAGCAGUGUAAGAACACGAGCUUGUCCCUAAAGCAGCACAGAAAGGAGCUCUGCAUCCACAAACCAGCCUCUGGCAAUAGCUCCGGUCACCCUCGGCAGUCUCACUGUGCCCUGCCCAGUGAUUUUGCCCUGUCAGGCUGAAGUCUUUCAGGACUGUGUGUCCCUGUAUGAGUCAUUUUAUAAAUAAAGUUCCAAAUUUGGGAUACCUGUGCAGAAUGUGGUCUGUGCUCAGCUGGUAAAGGCAGAGAGUCUAGAAAGGCUUAGAUGACUGCUUGGGACAAACAGUGGUAAAGAACCACCACAGGAUUCAAGAUUAAACUGGGGCACUGAAAGAGCUAUAAAACCCUUGGUGUAGGUGGGGAAGGUCCCUAGACAUGGGGAAGUCAGAACAGAAAUCCAGGAUGAUGUCAGGGUAAUAAAGGAAUGUGCCAGGGUCACCUGCAGCAGGUUAUUUAGGUCCUAGAAAGAGAGUCCAUGACCUCCUGGGGCAGCUUCAGUGCUCUGCCACCCUCAAUGUAAAGCAGUUAUUCCUCAUGUUGAACUGAAACUUCUUGUGUUUCCGUCUGUCCAGAUCAGUUUGGUCUGGCUCACCAUUCCCACCCUCAGUGCUGGAUGCCAGCUGGGCCCACAGCCCAGUGUCUCCCUGCUUCCUUCAGAGCUCUCAGAGGCAGAAGGGCUUAUGAACAUUUUACCGGUGUGUGCAGGCAGAGGCAGAUGUGGUCUAGAAAUGCAGCUGCCUCAGGACCUGCCGUGAGAGCACAGCUCAGACCAGGCUCACAGCUCUGGGACCUGGGCUUUGCCCAGCACCUCCUGCACGCCCCACAGCUGGAAUCAGCAUCAGGAGACUGCCUGGGCUCUGGGAAGUUUACCCUGCCCUGAAUUUAGGGGAACGCACACCGGGAGAGGCAGGCAGCUGCCUGGGGAGCAGCACAGAAGGUUCUGGUAGAGGCCAGAGGCAGGUGAGAGCCCAGCUGGGACGUGUGGCAGCCCUGUGUGCUAGCCUGGCACAUGAGGCUCGUUCCUGGCACAUGAGGCUCGUUCCUGCCACACGGCUCAGCGAGCAGCUCGGGCUUGUGGCAGCAAUGCUGGAACCCAAACAAUGGCGUUCAGAGACUUCUUUGAAAUACAAGUCAGUGCGCUCAGCCCGAACAGCACAGGUUAAAAAUCAAUGCAGUGAUCAGCCUGUGAGGCCUCGUCUAAGAAACUACAACUGACCUCUCUGUUCACAGACUCAGCCAAGUGCUUAAAAUCUGUUUGUCUCACAAAGAAAGCAGAGUAGCGAUGGUUUGGGCCUGUUCCCCAAAGAGCUGUGCUGGCACAGCACGGGCUGGGAGGGAGGGAGGAUGAGGGAGCCGAGCUGCUGCUCCUCAUUGCUUGUUUUCAGAAUGAAGAGAGCCUCAGCCUUUGGAGAUGCUAAUUUAUCCCUUUUCACAGUCAGUGAGUUUGCUUACGGCAAUGAAAGGAAAACAAACAGUCGAACAUCUUCAAGGUCUAGUGCAUCAAUGUUGGGCACAGCUGCAGUGUGUGUGCAGGGCUGGGGCACGGCAGGGCUGCCGGGGCCUGUCACAGCCACCCUGCGGCCCGCGGUGACGCCUCUCCAGCUCCUCUCCACAUGUGGGGUGAAGGAUCGUGAAGGUGGAAGAUUUCCGACCCUGGGCACUGCUGGGUGUCGUAUCACAGCCAUGGCCACAGCAGCUGCUCACAGCUCCCUCUGCCUCCCCCUCCUCCUCCUGAACACAUGGGAAUCACUAGCAGCAGAGCAGGUGGGAGGCUUGGCUGUGUAUGCACAUUCUCAGCAGUAAAACCAGCAGUUUCCAACUGGGAUGGAGUCAGCAGCAGCUCGAGUCUCUGCUCACAGCUCCCAGCAAACACGGGAGCCACAGCCAAAGCCCAGCCAGGCUGGCUGGGCAGCAAAAGCUGCUGCAGUGAUCAGCCUGUGAGGCCUCAUCUAAGAAACAACAUUCCGGGGGGCAGAAGGGAAUGGCUUGGAGGCACCAGGAGAACUGAUAAAGAUUUAAGGACAGAAUAAGAGCCAAAUGUUCAAGGUGACAUAUUGGGAAGUUCAGUAGGGACAGGCACAAACUGUUCACAGCAAAAGGCUCAUCUUCAAUUUUCACCUUUUCUGCUCCAAGUUGUGGCCAGUGCACACUGUGUGAAGGGCAGUGUCUCAGGGGGAAUGUGGCACUGGGACUGCAAUGGAGCAGGACAUGAAAUCCCGGGCAGAACCGCUCUGCCAUGCAGGAGGAGGAGGAGGAAAGAGCUCCAUUAGCACAUCAGAAGUAUCAGGUGUGACCAGGAGUGCUAAGGAUGUGAUUGUGUCCCCGAAGAGUCAGUGCGCUGCAGGAUCACAGGGUUUGGUGGGACAAGAUGAGAAGUGACAGCUGAAACCCCAUACAAAGGUGUUACUGGGGUAGGGCAGGUCCCUGGCAUCCUCUGCUUUCUUAAUGUCAUAGCAGCUUUCAUACACUGAUAACUACAUCUCUUCACAUGUUUCAUAAGAAGUUUCUCAGGUUAAAGUUCAAAUAAAUUCUUGGUUUUGCUUC